CCCCCAACCCUCUCCCACCUCCCACCUCCUCCUCGCUCUUCCAGCACGCGGUCUCUCCUUUCCCCGGGCGCGGCUGCAGCUCCUGGACUGGGCGCGGGGGAGGCGGGGGGCAUCCCGGAGGGGAUCCCGCCCCUUCCCCCCGCCUGGCCGCCCGCGCCCCCAAACCCACGUGAGCGCAGGGCCGGCUCCGGAUCCCGCCGGCUGCACAGCGCUUCCCCGCUCUCCCGCGCCCGGCUCUGCACCGUCCUCGGCGGGUCUCGCGGUCCCGCGCCGGCCGCUUCGCCGGGUUCCCUCCGGGUCCUGCAUCCGCGCGCUGCGCCCUGGGCUCGGGCAGCCGCUGGGCCGCCUCCGCCGCUACCGACGCAGAAGCAUUAGCAGGGAGCUGGAUCAGAAGUGGAACAGCUGCACCACAACCCCAGCCAAUAACGCUUCUGUGCCCGCCGGGUGCUGUCCUAAGUGUCGUGUGUAUUGGGCCAUCUGAACGAUACAGUGGCCCUAAGCUGGCUCUUGCAAGGCCCGCCUCUGAUCGCUAGCUCUGCGGACCCGGCCUCUGUCCCGGACCAAAUAGACGAUGAGCAGCCACGGCAACAGCCUCUUCCUGCGGGAGAGCGGCGGGCGGCUGGGUGGGGCGGGCUGGCCGGGGCGGCUGCGGGAGCGCCUGCGGCAGAGAGCGCUGCGCACGCGCCUGCAGCUGCAAACCUUGACCCGCGAGCACGUGCUGCGCUUCUUGCGUCGGAACGCGUUUAUCCUGCUGACCGUCAGCGCUGUGGUCAUUGGGGUCGGCCUGGCAUUUGCCUUGCGUCCAUACCAGCUCACGUACCGUCAGAUCAAGUACUUCUCCUUCCCCGGAGAGCUUCUCAUGAGGAUGCUACAGAUGCUAGUGCUGCCACUCAUCAUCUCCAGCCUGGUCACAGGGAUGGCGUCGCUGGACAACAAGGCGACCGGCAGGAUGGGCAUGAGAGCGGCCGUGUACUACAUGGUGACCACCAUCAUUGCUGUCUUCAUCGGCAUCCUCAUGGUCACCAUCAUUCAUCCUGGGAAGGGCUCCAAGGAGGGGCUUCACCGCGAGGGCCGCAUCGAGACCAUCCCCACAGCCGAUGCCUUCAUGGACCUGGUCAGAAAUAUGUUCCCACCCAACCUCGUGGAGGCCUGCUUCAAACAGUUUAAGACACAGUACAGCACAAGGGUGGUUACCAGAACCGUCGUGAGGACAGAGAAUGGCUCUGAGCUGGGCGCCUCCAUGCCUUCCCCGUCCUCGGUGGAGAAUGGAACCAGCUUCCUGGAAAACGUCACCCGAGCCCUAGGCUCCCUCCAGGAGGUGCUGAGCUUCGAGGAGACGGUCCCCGUGCCUGGCUCUGCCAACGGCAUCAACGCCCUGGGCCUGGUGGUCUUCUCUGUGGCCUUUGGACUGGUCAUCGGCGGCAUGAAACACAAGGGCCGGGUCCUCAGGGACUUCUUCGACAGCCUCAAUGAGGCUAUUAUGAGACUCGUGGGCAUUAUUAUUUGGUACGCGCCUGUGGGCAUCUUGUUCCUGAUUGCUGGGAAGAUCCUGGAGAUGGAAGACAUGGCCGUCCUCGGGGGCCAGCUGGGCAUGUACACGCUGACUGUCAUCGUGGGCUUGUUCCUCCAUGCCGGUGGCGUCUUGCCUCUCAUCUACUUCCUCGUCACCCACCGAAACCCUUUCCCCUUCAUUGGGGGCAUGCUACAAGCCCUUAUCACCGCCAUGGGCACGUCUUCCAGCUCUGCGACUCUGCCCAUUACCUUCCGCUGCCUUGAAGAGGGCCUGGGGGUGGACCGCCGCAUCACCAGGUUUGUGCUGCCUGUGGGAGCCACUGUCAACAUGGAUGGCACUGCCCUCUACGAGGCCUUGGCCGCCAUCUUCAUUGCUCAAGUCAACAACUACGAGCUCAACCUGGGGCAGAUUACAACGAUCAGCAUCACAGCCACGGCGGCCAGUGUUGGGGCUGCUGGCAUCCCCCAGGCAGGUCUGGUCACCAUGGUCAUCGUCCUCACGUCGGUCGGCCUGCCCACGGAGGACAUCACACUGAUCAUCGCUGUGGACUGGUUCCUCGACCGCCUUCGAACCAUGACCAACGUGCUGGGGGACUCCAUCGGAGCGGCCGUCAUUGAGCAUUUGUCCCAGCGGGAGCUGGAGCUGCAGGAGGCCGAGCUCACCCUCCCCAGCCUGGGGAAGCCCUACAAGUCGCUCAUGGCUCACGAGAAAGGGGCCUCCAGGGGGCGGGGCGGGAACGAGAGUGCCAUGUGAGGGGGGUGGGGGCUUCCAGCUCCGCCACCCAGUGAGGACAGAAGGGGCCUUGGGGAGGGAGGGGGUCCUGAUGGUGGUCUGAGUGCGGCGGGCGCGUACACACACACACACACACACACACACACACACAAGCUCUGCCUGGCAGGGGGCAGCUGGGAGAACCGAGAUAAAGGAGAUAAAGGAGCGGUGUGGAAGGUGUCCGAAGCCUCUGUUCCCUCUUUGAGCCCCCGCAGGAGGGGUUGGCUGGGGGGAGAGUGGGGGAAUCUUCUGGAUCUCUGGCAGGUGGAGGGGUCACAGCUCACAUCCUCAAGGAGGGGCCCAAGCAAAGAGCUCACAGCAAACCGCCUUUGUUUCUCGCAAUGAAAUCAGGGUCCACAGCCCUUGUAGGGGUGGGGUGGCAGCCUCCCGAGCAGCUUUGGGGUUCAGGGACCCAGGAACCAGAGGCAGAGGACUCAGAAAACAAACAAGCAAGCAGACCGAUUUGUGCUCAGGUUGCUGGUUUAUUCCACCGAAAGGUACAGAUUCAAGUCAGCAAAAGGCAAAAAUAAAGUUUCCAAUGAGAGGAGGCGCCAGGAUCUACCUGAGCCCCUUUCCCCGGCCUGAUGUCGCAGCUAUACACAGGGGGUGGACGUUGGGACACUUAGUGUGAUUUUUUUUUUCUUGGAGCUGAAAUGAACCCAGGCUCUGUGUGUGUGUGUGUGUGUGUGCGCGUGCGCGCGUGUGUUGGCAGUGUCUUAAAUAAAAGAGUGUUCUGUUGCUA